AUGGAUCCAGAAAAGACCAGUAAGGAGCAUCGAAUCCUUAAACAAAAGGUAGAAACUCUGGAAAGGGAGAACAUGCUGUUGAAGAAGUCACUGUUUGAGCUGUCUUCAAGAUACAAUUCCAUGUCUCAUAAGUUGCAACCAUUCAAUCCUGGAGAGCUGCUCGGUUCGGCCCAUGAUGCUGGUAUUAACUCGUUACUGGAAGGUACCGAGCAGGAUACAUCUGACGAGCGGUUUGUUGCCAACAGAGACAAACAAGGAGGCAAAGACUCGAAACAUUUUUAUCUCAAGCAUGAACUCAAGGGUCACACUGGAGCCGUCUAUGCAGUGCAAUAUUCUCCAUGUGGGCGAUUUGUUUCUUCGGGCUCGUUUGACAAAACUGUUCGCAUCUGGGAUCAAAAAGAGGUCCAUACGUUGCGCGGUCAUACACUUAACGUGUCUGAUCUAUCAUGGUCGUCAGAUUCCACAGAGUUGCUAUCUGGUGCAUAUGAUCAAACGUGUAAAAUCUGGGAUACUGAGUUGGGUCGUCUUGUGGAAUCUUUUGACAGCGAGGGAUUUGUGCAAUGUGUUAUGUUUAGUCCACAAGAUAAGCAUAUAUUUUUUUCAGGAACCUCACGCAGCAUUUUAUGUGUCACGGAUAGACGUGAUCCUACAGCAGCAAUUACAAUGCGCAAUGACAGUAUGGUAAACUCUUUAUAUGUUUCAAACUGUGGUCAGUAUGUCAUAUCUGGAGACGCAGCUGGCUGUAUCCGCACUUGGGAUAUUCGCACAGGAAAAUCGGUUUUGAACGAAUCAAUCAAGAAACCAAUAUCACAUAUUGCAUGUUGUCGUUCAACAACAGACAAAGAUGAAGAUUUUAGAUAUAUGGCAGUGAAUAGUUACGAGAAUGUAAUCCGAGUAUAUGAUCGGGGAUUUACUCCACCAUUUAGUCCGUAUCAUCUGGUGCACAUGCUAAAGGGAUACAAAAACAAAAACUGGCCAAUUAAAAGCGCAUUCUUUAGACCACGAGAAACAAUUACCUCACUUCGUGGCCAAAGUGCGGAGGAUAUGUUUGGAAAAAACGACGCCUCGGGUGAAGGAAUGGAGACAACGCCUCUUGGAUCAGUCGAGCUGUUUGAACAGGGAUCUGCUGAGCUGAUGCAACGACUCGAGGGCCAUACAGAUCGUGUAUAUGAAGUCAGCUUUCAUCCAACCGAACCAAUUUUAUGUUCAUGUUCGGCUGAUUCAACCCUCAAACUAUGGUACUCAAACAAAGGGAAGCGCAAAUGA